AUCGAACAUUAUUAUCGGUGUUAUCACAGCUCUAAUCAGAACGUGCCGUUUCCCAAUUUUUAACAAAACACAAACCAAAUGGCGCAAAGCAAGCUGAACGAUCUCGCUGGCAAGCUGGGCAAAGGUGGACCGCCGGGACUGGGAAUCGGACUGAAGGUCCUGGCCGCCGUUGGAGCUGCUGCCUAUGGUGUUAGCCAGUCCCUUUACACAGUUGAUGGCGGUCACCGUGCCAUUAUCUUCAGCCGCCUGGGCGGCAUCCAGAACGACAUUUACUCUGAAGGCCUCCAUGUGCGCAUUCCCUGGUUCCAGUAUCCCAUCAUCUAUGACAUUCGGUCGCGUCCCCGCAAGAUUUCCUCGCCCACCGGCUCCAAGGAUCUGCAAAUGAUCAACAUUUCCCUGCGUGUGCUCUCGCGUCCGGAUUCGUUGAACCUGCCCUUCCUGCACAAGCAGCUGGGCGUGGACUAUGACGAGAAGGUGCUGCCCUCCAUUUGCAACGAAGUGCUCAAGAGUGUGAUUGCCAAGUUCAAUGCCUCGCAGCUGAUUACCCAGCGUCAGCAGGUGUCUCUGCUGAUCCGCAAGGAGUUGGUGGAGCGCGCCCGCGAUUUCAACAUUAUUUUGGAUGAUGUGUCCCUUACCGAGCUGAGCUUUGGCAAGGAAUACACGGCCGCCAUUGAGGCCAAACAGGUGGCCCAGCAGGAGGCCCAACGUGCCGUGUUCUUCGUAGAACGCGCCAAGCAGGAGAAGCAGCAGAAGAUUGUCCAGGCCGAGGGAGAAGCUGAAGCCGCAAAAAUGUUAGGUCUGGCCGUGAAGCAGAACCCAGCCUACCUCAAGCUGCGCAAGCUGCGUGCCGCUCAAAGCAUUGCCAGAACGAUUGCCAGCUCACAGAACAAGGUCUACCUGUCGGCGGAUAGCUUGAUGUUGAACAUCCAGGACUCUGGCUUCGAUGACAUGACCGAGAAGGUUUACAAAAUAGCCGAAGACAUGGACUAGGAGGAUCCACAUUCGUUGUUAAUUAAUUUGUAACUUGAAAUCCUUUGAGCUAGAGCCUAAGCACCGUUUAGUUGUAACCACUUGAAAGCGGCGCUUCGCGUCGGCUUAUCCCAGUGUCCCUGGUGCCCUGAGACAGCUUCAUCCCACAUCCGUUCUCCGGGCAUCAAUGGCACGCCCAGCGUUCGUUGCGUUGUGAACCGAUGAGUCGACGCGGGCAGGCUGCCUCCGCAAACCAGCAUUUAACCUGUCCCCAUCAUUUACUUCAUCGGGAGAGUGGCGUGAGACGGAAACUGAUAAUAAAUGCGUACUGAGAACUGUC